CGCACCAAACUAGACCUGCCUCUACUUGCUGUUUACUGUGUCUAAAAGAAUGGAGCUCUCCUCUUUUUCAGUAACGAGUCCAGUUAGCCAAUGUUUGCAUACUGAAUAUGCAGAGAAAACAAGCAUUGGCCCCACCAUGAUCCUUACAAACUCUUUGGCGUUGCGCUGAUCAGAAUUAAAAAAUAUUUCUCACAAUACCAUCGCACUUGGGUGUGGAAAUAAAUUCAUUGCAGACAACAUUCUCUACUGCUCCUGGCAGGUGCUAUUUGACCUCUUGUCUAGCAGAAAGAGGAGGGAAUGUCAAUCUUCGAUCGUGGGAAGUAUCUUCAAAAUGUCCAAAGACAACGGUUCACUCUCUCUAAUGAUUAACAGACUUGUGAAAAAAUGAGAGCCAUGUAGCAAACAGAAGCACUGCCCCGCCCCCCUUACUUCUCCUCAUUGCAUCCUUCUACAUUUCCAUCAUCAGAUCGUCAUGUCAGAUCAGUCAAACAUAAAGGACACUCAUUGCAAGAAGAAAGACGAGAACGUCUUUAAGCAUGCAUGGUACCACGUCGAGGAAGCUCUGCAUCUCCGUUCACAUCCUCCUGCGGAAGAUAUCCCACCUCCAGUUCCACCAAAAGAUGAGAAGUGGCUCGUCAUAACUAUCGACAAGUCCGUUCCACAAGGCCAGGAGCCCGACCGCAGCUUCUGGGACAAACUUUUCCGGAAACAGCAAAAUUCUCAACAAGCCCUGGAAGAAGAGGAGGCAGUAUCUAUCAGUAUACCUGCAGAUGCUGCCCUACAACAUUUGGGAGUUCAAAGCGAUGACAAAGAUCUUCAAGAAAAGAAAAACUACUUUGAACGGAUGGCAGCCAAAGUUAAAGAGAAGUUUGAUGAGGAUGACGAUAACUCGGACUCAGACUCGGAUUCGGAUUCGGACAAAGAGGAUAAGGGGCGCCCAAAGACUGAGCAAGAAAAACAGGAGCUCAAGCAACGCAGGAAACUUGCACCCAAGGUCGAUCCUAAGGAGAUGAAGGAGGCUCAUCGUGCUAUCUAUGGUCAGACAAGUGUAGAUGAAAAAGCAGAGGAAGAGGCAGAGAAGAGGUUGUUUGGUUCUUGGUGGGGAUGCCAUCCUCGCCGGUCGUGGGCGGAGAGGAAGCUAGCCAAGCAACAGGAGGCAGAACGCGAGCAGCAACGUGUCCUUGCUGAACUUGCAGCCAAGAGAAAGGCAGAGCAGGAUGCAGCGGAUGCAGCAGCUAGAGCAGCAGAGGAAGCUGCCAGGGCAUCUAGAAGGAGGUGGUGGCAGUUAAAAGCCCCUGAGACGGACGAGCAAAAAGCUCAGAAAGCAAAGGAAAAGGAACGGAAGGAGCGCAAGUCGACCACUCGUAAGCGUCAGGCCAUUGCAGCCGCUGCUGCGUAUGAGGCUAUGAAGGAGUAUCAAGAGCGCCAGGCAAAGGAGGGCAAGGAAGUGUCCCAUGGAGAAAUGAAAGCCAUUCUUGCAGGCAUGGCUAUGGCCGAGUGCGUCAAGCUUUUCGAAUCACGCCAUGAUGAUGACGAUGAUGAUGAUGAUAAGGACGAUAUGGUUGCUGAUGCAGGCUCGAAAGUCCUGAAGCUCUUUGAGCUCAUGAACUAAUGCCCUAUAUCACGUUAAAAAGUCAGAACACAUUUAUAAAAAAAAAUCUCCCCUUUUAUCAUGAGCCAGAGCCUGUUAUAAAUAUUGGAG